AUGAUGAUGGGGGCUCUCUUUUUCUUCUUCCUUAUCCCUUGUGUUGAAGCAGAGCUAUGCUACAAUGGUGGAACAUUUGAUGGGGUCAAAUGCAUCUGUGAUGAAGAUUUAUUCUAUGGGCCCCGAUGUGAGUUCCUUGUUCAUGAAAGUACAACAAGUACAAGUAUAACAACAAGUGCUCUCUCAGAAGAAAUACGCACCUCUCCAACACACCCCACUGGUACCAGAGCCACCCCACACCCCACCAUCCCUCACAGCACUACAAGGACAACAUUCACAACUUCUCAUGUUGACAUCCUUUCCCCGAUAACUCUCCCUGGAGGAACACAGGAGUUUACAACAACACUCAGGAUGGUGGUAAGCGAUGGGACCGUAGCCUCAGAUUUUACAACUUCUUGGAGUGGAACAAAGAGCCCUUCCUCACAGGGCAACACCAUCAUGAGUGAUCCCUCUAAAAACACACCGUCCACGGGUACCUUAGCCCCAAGUAGUUGCAAAAGCAGAUUUACUGUCUCCAGCACAUCAAUUCCAGGAAUUUCUUCCAGUCCUAAGAUUAGCAAAAAUACCACAACUACCACAAGCCUUCCAGAGCUAUGCCACAGUGGCAGAAUAUUUGAUGGGAUCAAGUGCAUCUGUAAUGAUGAUUUAUUCUAUGGACCCAAAUCUGUAUAAGGGGGCUUCUCUGUUCCAGAGAUAUGCCUCAAUGGUGGAGUCUAUGAUGGAAUCAAAUGCAUUUGUAAUGAAGAUUUAUUCUAUGGACCCAAGUGUGAGUUCCUUGUGGAUGUAAUUCCAGUCACUGACUUAUUUGUGACAAUUACUGUCAAAGCUCAGGUGAAAGUUGCUAACAGAGAGUACAAGAAAUCUCUGGAAGAUUUAAGCUCUAAAUAUUCUCAGGAAAUUCAGGCUCAGUUUCAAAAGCAGAUGGAAGAUGUUUAUGGUGCUGUACCUGGAUACUGUGAAGUGGAGAUCUUACGAAUGAGGAAUGGCAGUAUUAUUGUGGAACAUAAAGUCAUCUCCCAAGUAAUAAUAUACAAUAAUGAGGAAAUGAUCCAGCAUACAAUGGAAGUUAUUACAGAGGCAGUGAAACGCUCCUUGAAAGACAUACAUACUGAAGGAGAGUGUAUUGAGCCUUCAGGACCAGAACUGUGCUUUGUUCCUUUACCUAACUCGAUUCUUAUUUCAAGUUUUUCAUUUAAUGACACCUGCAAAAAUAUUAUUGAUCCAAAAUAUGCAGAUUACUAUUAUCCCCACAUAAUUGAAGGUACUGUGCGCUGUGUCUCAAGAUGUUUCAAAGACACUCAAGAUUCCAUGAACUGCUUCAAUGGUGUUUGCCAUCUCUCUGAAAUUGGCCCCCACUGCAUUUGCAAUAAUUUGGACGUGUUCUGGUAUUUGGGAAGUUACUGCCAAUUACCCAUCCAAAAGAGUGUGCUGGGCCUUAGUCUUGCCCUGGCUGUGUUCUUUGUGAUAAGUAUCAUCCUUGUUAUUUGCCUCAUCAAAGCAAAGCGGAAAAAAACCAGAUCUGAUUCUCUCCUUGAAAGCAACUACUUCUUAAUGCCUGCUCAGGAAAAGUUUUAA